UCCAGGACUUGCUUCCUCCAAACGCCCGCCCGAAGGCCCCGAACCAGCCCCGGCCAAAGCUCUCAGCCAUGUACGCGACCGUGGCCUCCCGGGACCGGCAGCCGGCCAGCCGCCCCGCCAUGAUCAUGAACAUCCCGAUCAAGGGUAAGAAGCAGACCAAGAGCCAGCGCAAGGCCGCGGCCAAGGCGCAGACAGAGGCGGCGCCGCAGAUCGUGCAGUGGGUCGAGGAGCUCCUCGACGACCACGUGUGGCAGCUGGUGUUCGGUUGUAUGGACGUCGCGUCGCUUCUACAGGCGCGCCUCGUUUGCCGCUACUUUCGGGUCGUCGCCGAGAGCCCGACGAUGUGGAUGGCAGCGCACGCGCGGACGUGGGGCCACGGCCUGCCUCGCUCGUACACGGCCUUUACAUGGCGCGACAUCCGCGGCCUCCACGGCCGGCGCAAGGCCCUCCGCGUGCCCGUCUCGACGCGCGCCAAGACGACGCUCGAUCCCACCACCUAUAGCCUCACCGUCCUCAACAACUCGAUGCUGCGCAGCUUUGACCGCGGGACCGUCGACUCGGUGCGCUCGUCGGGGCCUCUCCCGCCACUGCCCGUGCUUGGUCAGGACGGUGCCACGUACUUUGAAGUCCAUACGACAACGUACGUCAGCAUCGGCAUGGUCUCGCUCCGUGACCUGCGCGCCUACGGCUUUGGCUCGGACGCCCACGUCGGGUGGCAACCGCACUCGGUGGGCUACCACACGCAUGGCCCCGGCCUCGUCUACCACGACGGUAACGAUAUGGUCGAGUCGCCCGGCGCGUUUGCGCACUGGUCCGACCGCCUCUUUAGCGCCGAGGCCGGCGACAUCGUUGGCGUCGGGUAUGUCCCAAGCCUCGCGACUGUCUUCUUUACGCUCAACGGCGUACACCUCGGACGGGCGCCGUGCGUCUUGGAGGGCGACGGUGUCGCGGGUGCGGUCUCGAUCCACGCCCUCGACGCGCACGUGUCGAUCAACUGGGGCGCGCAGCCGUUCGCAUUUGCGAUUGAAGCGUACCUCGCGACUUUGUAAAAAUAUUUUACACGAUAGUGGACAACUACGAAUAUUGUACAAUAUUGUGUUAAAAUGAGGCAAGUGAUGUGUAA